AUGACAAUAUUGAAGAGCAAUAUUCCAGCAAAAGCGAAAUGUCUACCCCGAGGAGUCUACCCUCCCUGCAUCACACUCUUCAAGCCUACUGCUCGUCAGGAGAUUGACACAGACGCAUGCUAUGCUCAUUACUCAAACUUGAUUCGUGGUGGUGUGGCAGGUCUAGUAGUGCAGGGUACGAAUGGUGAAGCUGUACUGCUCUCGCCAGAAGAAAAGAUUGAGUUGACCAGGACCGCACGAAAAGCUGCAGCAGAUCUGGAUCUUCCAGAUUACCCUAUCGUCGCGGGCAUCAGUGGGCAAUCGACUAAUGAGACCUUCAAGCUGGCUGAAGAUGCAGCUGAGGCAGGUGCUAACUUUGCGCUGCUUCUGCCACCUAGCUUCUGGCCGAAAGCUGCUACCAAUGAUGUGCUCAGAGACUUCUACAGAGAGGUGGCAGAUGAGAGUCCUAUUCCUGUCGUCAUAUACAACUACCCUGGAGCCACCAACGGAGUCGAUUUGAGUUCUGCAUUGCUUGCUGAGCUGGCUGAACAUCCAAACAUUGUCGGAGUAAAACUAACUUGCGGAAAUGCUGGCAAGGUAACACACCUGAGUGAGCUCUUCUCACCAGAGCAGUUCAGCGUCUAUGCAGGUCAGGUUGACUGGCUCUUGCCAUGCUUGAUUGGUGGCGGCGUGGGAUGCAUCACGGGGAUGGGCAACAUCUUCCCGCGUGCCGUAUCCAAGGUCUACACUCUUUGGAAGCAGAACAAGAUCGAAGAAGCAAAGAGAUUGCAGGGUGCUGCGUCUGCGGCAGAGAAGGCCUGUAGAGAAGGUAUAGCCCUGACGAAGUAUGGUGCCUGGAAGUUUGUGGGGCCCAAGAUUGGGUUCAAUGAUCCAGCUACGUACUUUCCCAGAAAGCCGUAUAAGCCGCUAUCAAAAGACAGACAACUGUGGUGCGUUGACACUCUGCAGCACAUGGCAGACAUUGAAGAGAGCCUACCAGAUGUUGUAGUCUUGAAGGGCAGUGCAACAAAUGGUGUUUAG